GCAUGCGCACCUCGCCCCGUCCCGCCCGCUGGGAGAGAGGUGCUUGCGGCCGCGCGCGCUGCGGAGCUACCGCAGCUCGCGCUCAGCCCGCUGAUGGCCAAGCGGCACGCGGAGCCGUUAGUGUGUCACGUGCCCUGGAAGCGUUGUCUGCCCGAACCGCCUCCGUUGCUCCGCGUGCCCGGGAGGCGCCUGCGGGACGGCCCCGAGCUGCGGAGCCCCGGCAAGAAGCGGAAACUGGAGGAGACCGAGGCGCCUCCGGGGAAGCGGCCUGGGCUCAGAGGCAACAGGCCCGGGAGGGAGCCCGGAGACCCCGCCAGCCCGGGAGGGAGGAGGCGGCAGCAGCGCGGGGGGGACGUAGGGCCCCGGCCGGAACAGGCGGUGCGGGCAGGCGGCCUGGAUCCUCUGGGGGAAGAGCGGGGACCCGAGGAGCAUGAGGAAGAAAUUUGGCAAUACAACUCAUUCCAGUACUGGAGAGCACCAUUACCUGCUAUUGAUCUGUCUGUCCUUCUGGACUUAGAUGGGGAGAACAUGACAAAUGCAAGAACUACUUCCAGGACUGAAAUCAUAGAGACUGAAAUGGAGACCUGAGUAAUUAAUUCCUUGUAGCAAAUCUAUUUUGAGGAGGCUUGUUUCUGUUUGUAUUCAGGUUUUUCCUACUUUGACAAAAGUAUAACAUUAUUUUUUCAAAUGUCAGAAACAUACUUACUCCAAUCUGCAUAAGUAAGUAUGGGUUUGUCUACAUUGAUUGAAGGGUCAUUGUUGGACACUUGCCAAUAACUUGGAAAGGUGAAUUUACCUAUACAGUGAAGAAAAGGCUAUUGACACAGUACUGGCAGAAAUAUUUGAAAAAUGGAUGUGUAACAAUGUGUAGAAAAUCAGAAUUUAUUUCUGGACUUCCAUAGCCAGCAAAAUGAAUAGCUUGGAGCACUACCGGUAGAAGACAAAUGCCAAAACAUUCCUCCUGCCCUGAACAGAAAGGAUGUAGUUGACGUACGUAAAAGUGAGAUUUUUAUAUCAUGCACUUAUUUAAAAAACUACACCAAAACAACCACCUUUACAAUCUUUUCUGAUGUUUUUGCUUUAGAUGUUGAACAAAAACAAACAAAAAUCAGAUACAAGUAUUUCUAUGCAAACCAGAAAUGACUAUGGUGGGAUUUCCUUUUCUGCUGAGAGCUGCCCUAAGUUACUUCACCUUCUCGCUAGUGAUAACUUGAAUCAGAAGGUGGCUUAUGGGUGUAUUGUUUUCUUUUUCAUGUGCUCAAGUUAGUGCUAUUCCCAUUCUUUGUUGUCAUUAGGUUUAGAGCAUUUUGUGGAGUUGAACUGCCUGAGAUGUACAAAGAUGACAAGAAGAGCCGUGUGAAAUGAUCAGGCACACUUUUUCAGGGUUGAGUGAUUUAGGUCCUGGUCCUGCAAAGACUUGUGCACGUACAUAAUUUUUCACACCUAUGUAGUCCCAUUGAAUUCAUGUGCUGCUGCUGCAGGAAUGGGACCUUAGUGCUCAUUUUUUUAUUUGAUACACUUUUGUCACUAAUAAUUGUCCGAAAUUAGAUGUCAUGUCUUAUCGGUAAACUUCGAUUUCAUGUGAUUUGUUUCCAGGUAUCCUGGAAAUGAGAUGUUUUUGUUGGUAUCAUAUCUGCUUUGAGAAGGUUUUUGGUGAAUUUUUAAAAAAACUUACUUUGUUAAAGAACAAUAAAGUUUUCAAUGUAUAUUUGAGCAUUUUUGUACUAUAUUUAAAUUACCCAACUUUUCUUCUGUCUUCAGAAUGUUACUCAUGUAAUUGUAAUUUGUUAUUGCUUGGAUAUGUUUGUUUACAGUACUAAGUUGGAUGGCCUACUUAGUAAACAUUUUGAAAAUCCUU